AUGGCUAAACCAAAGUGCUUACUCGUCUUAUACAAAGGACACGAACAUGCUAAACAAGAAUCAAGAUUAGUUGGUUGCUUGGAAAAUGAAUUGGGUCUUCGUAAGUUUAUUGAAUCUUACGGUUAUGAAUUGGUUACUACUGAUGAUAAAGAUCCCGAACCAAAUUCCACUGUUGAUAAAGAGUUGGAAGAAGCAGAAAUUGUUAUUACUACUCCGUUCUUCCCAGCUUAUAUUACUAGAGAACGUAUUGCUAAAGCUAAGAAUUUGAAGAUUUGCAUUACUGCUGGGGUUGGUAGUGAUCAUGUUGAUUUAAACGCUGCUAAUGAACGUAAAAUCACCGUGGUUGAAGUCACUGGUUCAAACGUUGUUUCUGUUGCUGAACAUGUUGUUAUGACCAUGUUGGUUUUGGUUCGUAAUUUUGUUCCUGCUCAUGAACAAGCAGUUAAAGGUGGUUGGGAUAUUGCUGGAGUUGCAAAAGAUACUUAUGAUUUAGAAGAUAAAGUUGUUGCUACCGUUGGUUGUGGUCGUAUUGGUUAUAGGGUCUUGGAACGUUUGGUUCCAUUUAACCCUAAAAAAUUAUUAUAUUAUGAUUAUCAAGACUUGCCUAAACAAGCAGUUGAUAAAAUUAAUCAAGUUUCUAAAAUUUAUAACGAUAAUGAUGAUAUCAUUGAAAGAGUGGAAGAUUUGAAAACAAUGCUUUCUAAAGCUGAUGUGGUUACCAUUAAUUGUCCAUUACAUGAAUCUUCUCGUGGUCUUUUCAAUAAAGAGUUAAUUAGCCAUAUGAAAGAUGGUGCUUGGUUAGUAAACACUGCUCGUGGGGCUAUUUGUGUUGAUAAAGAUGUUGCUGAUGCAGUCAAUUCUGGUAAAUUAAAAGGUUAUGGUGGUGAUGUUUGGCCGGUCCAACCUGCUCCUGAUGAUGCUCCUUGGAGAUCUUUCCAAAACCCUUUUAGUAAAGGAGGUAAUGCAAUGACUCCUCAUGUUUCUGGUACUUCUUUAGAUGCUCAAACUAGAUAUGCUAAAGGGGUUGAAAAUAUCUUGAAAUCUUUCUUUGAAAAAACUAAUGAUUAUAGACCAGAAGAUAUCAUUGUUAUUAAUGGUGAUUAUUCUACAAAAGCUUACGGGGUUAGAUCUAAAAAGAAUUAG